AUGUCCAACGCAUCCGCUAAACAGAAAUUAUGGGGAGGAAGAUUCACCGGGGCUACCGAUCCACUCAUGAAUGCCUUCAACGAGUCCCUUAGUUAUGAUAAACGCAUGCAUUCCCAAGACAUCAAGGGCUCUAUUGCUUAUUCGAAAGCUCUAUUCUUGGGAGGCAUCAUUACAGAAGAGGAGCGAGACAAUUUGAUUCGCGGAUUGGAAGCUGUUGGGGAGGAGUGGGCUAAAGGCCAAUUCAAGAUCCAGCCAGAUGAUGAGGAUAUUCAUACUGCCAACGAACGACGGCUGUCCGAGCUCAUUGGACCACUUGGUGGAAAGCUUCACACUGGUCGGUCCCGAAACGACCAGGUGGCGACUGACAUGCGGUUGUGGUUGUUGGAAGAGGUCGAGACCAUUCGCUCGGCGCUGAUCGACUUGAUCAGUGUCAUUGUGGAGCGAGCCGAUAAGGAGAAAGAUGCCCUCCUUCCUGGAUACACGCAUUUACAGAGGGCUUUACCCAUACGGUGGUCUCAUCUUUUGCUAUCCCACGCUUUUUCGCUCAACAAUGACCUUGAGCGGAUAACUCAACUCAAACCACGUAUCUCCGUUCUACCUCUGGGCUCUGGUGCACUUGCUGGGAAUGCUUUCAGUCUGGAUCGCGAAUUCCUAGCCAAGGAGCUCGGAUUCGCAUCUAUUGCGGAGAACUCUCUCUUUGGUGUUGGCGACCGGGAUUUCAUCAUUGAAUUCAUGAUGUGGGCAAGUUUGACGAUGACGCAUCUCUCUCGCUUAUCUGAGGAUCUCAUAAUAUACACAACCGCUGAGUUUGGCUUCUUGACGCUGAGUGAUGCAUACAGCACUGGCUCGAGUAUGAUGCCACAGAAAAAGAACGCGGAUUCAUUGGAGUUAUUGCGAGGGAAGUCGGGUCGAGUAUUUGGAAACAUGUCCGGUUUCCUCGUCACACUCAAAGGGUUGCCCUCGACCUACAAUAAGGACCUUCAAGAAGAUAAAGAGCCAUUGUUUGACACAGUGGACACAGUGUCGGCAUGUCUCCGUAUAGCGGAAGGGGUUAUUGCGACAUUAGAGAUUCAUCCAGAUAGGAUGAAGAAAGCUCUUACCAUGGACAUGCUAGCCACUGACUUGGCUGACUAUCUCGUGAGAAAAGGGAUUCCAUUCCGGGAGACGCACCAUAUUUCUGGUCGAGCUGUAGCGCUGGCAGAACAGCGAGGAGUCCAGAUAUCAGACAUUUCACUGGGGGACCUACAGAUCCUAAGCAGCAAAUUUGAGGAGGAUGUGAAACAUGUCUUCGACUUCGAAUCGAGUGUGGAGAAGCGAGCUUCAAUUGGUGGCACUAGCAGGGCAAUGGUGGGCCGACAGGUAGAUGUUUUACGGAAUAAUCUGGCCCUGGCUAGGCAGGCAUAA